AUGGAGGUUCAAGUUCUUGCAAGAAAAUUAAUAAAACCAUCCAAACCAACCCCACUUCAUCUUCAGAACCUCAAGUUAUCGUUGUUCGAUCAGCUUGCUCCUCCAUUAUAUGUCUCCAUUGUUUUCUACUACUCGUCCAACGCAGAGGAAAAUGCAGCCUCCAAAAGAAAUGAAAAGUUCAUUCUCUUGGAAGAAUCAUUGUCCAAGACCUUAAAUCACUACUACCCGAUGGUAGGGAGGUUCUCGAACAAUGACCUCUUGAUCAAUUGUAAUGAUCAAGGAGUCGAGUUCAUAGAAGCUCAAGUCGAGAAAGAUCUUGGUGAAUUUCUGCAUCAUGGACCCGAGAUUGAGCUUUUGAAUAAAUUCAUGGCAUGGGAUGUUCCACCAUCAACAUUGUUGGCGACAAGUCCAAUGUUGGCGAUCCAAGUGACUAUGUUUUCGUGUGGUGGCCUAGUAAUGGGAAUACAAUGUUCACACCUGGUGGCAGAUGCUUUUACAUUGGAAAAAUUCAUCAAUAAAUGGGCUUGCAUUAGCAAAUCAGGGGUGGAGGAAAUGUCUUGCUCAAGUAGUUUUGGUGAUUUGGCUUCACUUUUUCCGACUAGAGUAUUAUCCAAACAGCUUCCCCCACGGAGCAAAUUAUCGAAGAUUAUCACGAGAAGGUUCGUGUUUGAUGCUCAGGCUAUAGAGACACUCAAAAAGAGAAUAUUUUUAAAGGAUGCUACCAUUGAACCAACGCGAGUGGUGACAGUCAUAUCUCUUUUAUGGAAGGCACUAACUGGUGCUUAUAUAGCCAAGAAUGGCUAUUUGAAGAACUUCUCCUUGUGCCCAACAAUAAACUUAAGGGAGAGAACUGUUUUACCAAUAACACAACAAAGUUUAGGCAACUUUUGGAUGAGUGGGAUUGCUCUUUUUCAGGCGGACAAGAAUGGAACAGAGUUGCAUGACUAUGUGAAGCUCAUGACAAAUGCAAUAAGGGAUACAACCAUGAACGUUGGAAAGGCAAGCAUCGAUGAAAUCUCCGAUUUGUUCAUCAAAAAUUACAAAGAGAUAGUUGGCAAGCUUGUCAGCAGUGAGAAAAAUGCUUGCCCCUUUACAAGUUGGUGCAAAUUUUCUUGGUAUGAGGCUGAUUUUGGUUGGGGAAAACCGAUUUGGUUGAGUGGUAUAAGUAGAGCUUUUGAAGUAAUUAGUCUGAUUGACACCAAAAAUGGUGAUGGAAUAGAAGCUUGGGUGAGUUUGAAGGAAGAAAUCAUGGUUGAGUUUGAACAAGAUCCUGACAUUCUGUCUUUGGCCUCCAAAAUGAAAUCUCCUACAUGUUACUAA